CGAAAAAUUAGGCGGCACAAAACAGCUCGUACUAGCCGUUAGGAAGCUCUAGAAGUAACGGUUUCCACUCGUCUUCUUCCUCAAAUUUUUUCUUCUUUCCGUUCUGCUCAUACGAGCUCUCUGUGAAAUCUUGGUUAUAUCUUAUCACUUCUCUGUUCACUUCAAUGGAGUCUUUCAGCGAGUCUAGCGGCUUCUGUCACUGCAAUCCAGCAACUGAAAAUUCUAACCCAAAUGUUACAAACUCCGGUUUGAAGGAAUCCAGCUCGCCGUCGUCAAGAAAGCCGGCGAGGAGAACCCAAAAAUCUGGUUCGAAAAACCCUAGAUCGAACCCUUCUUCGGUUGUUUCGCAUUCCACCCAGAAAUCGGCUUCUAAAAUCCGGAGUGUUAACUCCACCCCUGCGCCUUCCCCUCAAAUCCGAAAAUUGGAUUUGAAAAUCCAAAAUCCAGUGGUGUUGUCUUCCCCGCAAGAGAAGGAAGGUGAGCACGAGUGUGUGCGUGCUGCUGCUGAUAGUAUCGGGAUUUCUCGAGACGGUUAUUUUGAAAAUCACGGAGCAAGUAUUGAGGGAGAAAUCAUGUUGGAGGAGUUUAAGCAGGGACCAGAUGCACACGAGGUGUUCGAUGAAAGGGCUGUGUCGAGUAUCAAGAGAAGUAGGGAAGGGUUGUUGGAUUCUGGGCGGGUGUUGCAUUUGGUUCAGGCUUUUGAGAAGCUUCUGUUGCGCGAAAAACCAAACGGUGCAGAUGAGGAACAAGAGCAGAAUCAACAGACAGAGGACUUGGCUAAAAGGGAAUUCUCUCCACCAGAUAUUAUCCUCACGCAUGAGAGAUUAGGCUUGGAGUCACCUUGUUCCUCUUUGAUUAAUAGCAUCCAAGUGUGUACUUUGAGGAGUUCUGCCGGUGAUAGAAGGAGCAGAAGGAAGAGUGUUGGAUCAGCCAGGAGACACUGCAAGAGAAAGCAAAUGAAACCAAUAUCUCAAGAACCUUUCAAGCUUAGAACCGAGUGUUUGGUAAAACCUCACGUAAAAGAUAGCACAAAAUCAAUUGAUGUGGUGCUUCACAGUGAUGUCAGGGCCGUGGAACGAGCUGAGUUUGAUCAUCAGUUGGCAGAAGAAGAUAGGAUUAGAAGAUUGAGAAAGGAACUGAUUCCAAAAGCUCAUCCAUUGCCUUACUUUGACAGGCCUUUCAUUCCUCAAAGUUUCACAGCCAUGGCGAUCCGGCAGCUCCUGAGUCUCUCCCGCCGGUCCCGGAGGCGCGUCUCCUCCCAACUAGUAAGGCCUCUUUCUUCAUCCUCUGCCGCCGUCGCAGCUGCCGCUUCCGAUUCCGCUCAUUCCCUCACGCCUUCUCCGCCUCCACCCACCGCUAUGAUCUACGACCGAUUGGCAGAAGCCGUCAAAUCGAAGCUUAAGCGGCUCGAGAAUCCAGACCCCCGCUUCCUGCAGUACAAUUCUCCCCACCCUGUCCUGACUGACCAUACCGAUAUCCUCAGUGCUCCCGAGACCCGCGUCACCACCCUGCCUAGUGGUUUGAGAGUCGCCACCGAGUCCAAUCUGUCCUCCCGUACUGCCACCGUUGGUGUAUUCAUAGACUCUGGAUCGAGGUUCGAGACGGAUGAGACUAACGGUACGGCGCAUUUUCUCGAACACAUGAUCUUCAAGGGCACGGAGAAGCGGACGGCGAGGGAGUUGGAGGAGGAGAUUGAGAACAUGGGUGGACAUUUGAACGCUUACACUUCAAGGGAACAGACUACUUACUAUGCCAAGGUUCUGGACAGAGAUAUUCCCACAGCUUUGGAUAUUCUAUCAGAUAUUAUUCAGCAUUCAAAAUUUGAUGAUGCUCGAAUCGAGCGUGAGCGCCAUGUCAUCCUCAGAGAAAUGGAGGAGGUUGAAAGCCAGCCAGAGGAGGUUAUUUUUGACCACCUACAUGCAACCGCGUUUCAGUAUACUCCUCUGGGUAUGACUAUCCUGGGACCGGCUAAGAAUGUUAAGACAAUCACAAAAGCACAUUUACAAGAAUACAUAUCAACACACUACACAGCUCCGAGAAUGGUGGUUGUUGCAACUGGUCCGGUUAAACAUGAAGAUUUUGUUGAGCAAGUUAAGAAGAAGUUCACGGAGUUGUCAACAAACCCUACUACCGCUUCUCAGCUCAUUGCUAAAAAACCUGCUGCAUUUACAGGCUCUGAAGUCAGAAUGAUUGAUGAUGACAUUCCGCUUGCACAAUUUGUUGUUGCAUUUGAAGGAGCAGCUUGGACAGAUCCAGACUCUAUUGCUCUGAUGGUUAUCCAAUCGUUAUUGGGAUCAUGGAACAAGAGUGCCGGUGGUGGAAAGCACAUGGGUUCCAAGCUUGUACAGAGGAUUAGCAUCAAUGAAAUCGCAGAAAGCGUUAUGGCUUUCAAUACAAACUAUAGAGACACCGGUCUCUUUGGUGUACUUGCUGUUGCCAAGCCUGAUUGCUUGGAUGAUCUAGCGUAUUCAAUCAUGUAUGAAAUUAGUUCAUUAUGCUAUCGAGUAACAGACGAAGAUGUGACCCGUGCUCGUAACCAGUUGAAAUCUUCACUGUUGCUACACAUGGAUGGAACCAGUCAAGUGGCUGAAGAUAUAGGUCGCCAGCUUCUUACAUAUGGAAGAAGGAUCCCGUUUGCCGAACUGUAUGCAAGGAUUGACGCGGUAGAUGCCAGCACUGUUAGGCGCGUUGCAAACCGAUUUAUAUUUGACCGGGAUGUCGCCAUUUCGGCAGUGGGCCCCAUCCAAAACUUGCCCGACUACAACUGGUUCAGGCGCAGAACGUACAUGCUCCGUUACUAGGCUGUGGCCCCUCAACCCCCACAAUAUAAGGGGAGUAAGUUCUUCACAGAAAUAAUAAAAACACGCAAUUUUUGUUUUGUUUUUUUGGGUGUAAUUUCGGGUGCUAUCAAGAGAUAAUAACAAGACUCUGCAAAUUGAUGAAAUGUUGCACCCUCUGUCGCUUUUCACAUUCCUUUUGUUCCUCAGCAUUGACACUUCUGCUCUCUCUUCCAUUGAUGAAAUGUUGCUACCAUACCCAUUGAGCUCAAAUAUUCAUUGUUCUUUUCAAAAAUAAAAAACUGCCCAUUACUAAAUAAUGCAUAAGCUAUUUU